AGAGUCUUAUCGCAGGCUUUGAUCUGAACCAUUUCAUUAGUUCUCACUGCUCAGGGUCAUUGAUCUGGUGGAAGGUGAACCUCCACCUCAGUCUAACAUCUUUUGCUGCCUCCUACCAGUUUUUCUUCCACAUGCAAAACAAGCAAAACUGUCAAAAAAAAGUGUGUUGUUUUUCCUUUGUCAAAUAUUCACUAUAGUCCUCAAUUUACAGACAGACGCCAGUCUGGAUGUUGUUAGGUGAGUGAGGCAAAAAUAACUUUGUCAUGAGUUUAACUGAGGCGACCCCCCACUUGCCCUGUCUGCAUUUGGCUCCGUCAGUCAAAGGCCAAAAACAAGAUGGCGGGAUUCAGGAGCUGGCUUUUCAUUUCAGCAGUCUCCGCUGCCACCUUGUGUGGGAUCAGUGCCGAAAUGAAAUUGACCAUUUCUGUGGGGAGGUUGUUUACAUAUGAAGUGAUGAGAGAAAAUUUCCAGAGUGACUUCGAUCAGCACUCGCUAAAACUCUACACCGGGAUUCUCCAUGAUGACCCCAUGAUUUUUAAGUGCAACCGGCAGGGGUUUCCUGACCUCCCUGAGUGGCUCCGCUUCAUCCAAAGGCAUCCCAGUGAAAAUGGCUUCCUGUAUGGCACACCAACGUCUCCGGGAAAAACCUUCAUUGAGAUUUAUGCAAUCAACAAAAACAGCUAUGACACAGCAAGAGACCUUCUCGUCAUCAAGGCUGUUCCAGAGAAGAUGCUGCCCUAUCAAGCGGAGUUCUUCAUCGAGCUGAGGGAGAUUGAGAAGGUGCUGCCCUCUUCUGUUCAAAGUGAAAUAAAGCAGGAUCUGCAGAAGCUGUGGAACAAUGAGGCGCUGGAAAUUGUCAACAUUACCAACGCCCUCGACCGCGGAGGCAGAGUUCCCCUCCCUCUUGCAGGACACUAUGAGGGUGUGUAUGUGAAGGUGGGGUCAAAGAAGUACUUCUCCAGGUGUCUGCAGAGGGUGAUGACGCCAGAAUACCAACGGCAGUGCGCAGCAGGCGACAAAGUGAAGGUACCUGGAGAAUGCCACUUCUGCAAAAUACCCAGUAACUGCAUCACCUGGUGCAAGACGAAGCUGUUUGAUCGAACAAAAAUGGAGCCUGCUCCACCUGCUCCAACAAUGGGCUCUGGAAUAUUAGAGGACGGGGGUUACUUCGACCCUCCAGAGUCUCCCCCGAGCAGAGACUAUUUCCCAGAUUACAUUGUGACUGUGAUUGUGCCCCUGAUCAUUGCCGUCCUUCUGUGUCUGUUGCUGGCCUACAUCAUGUAUGGCAGGCGUGAGGGAGUUGCAAAAAGAAAUGCAAAAACAGACGACAUCCAGCUGUACCAUCAACAAACCAUCCAUGGGAACACAGAGGAGCUGAGAAGCAUGGCCUCCCAACGAGGGGUCCCUCCUCCUCUCUCUACGCUGCCCAUGUUUAACAGCCGCACAGGAGAGAGGGCGUCGCCGCUGCAGUCGGACAGCAUCCCUCUCAUCAUGGCCCAACAGGAUCCCUACUGUGACACACUGUCCAGGAAGUGAUGUCGGUCAGAGAUAAAGCAUCUUUGAAGCUCCGCAAAGUAAUGAACUUUGCUUCAUAUACACGAGUUUUGGAAUGACCUAUUUGCAGCACAAUUAACCUAAAACCAGUUUAUCAUAUUAUUUGCUGUUCAUGAUUUAUGCUUGUGUUUCUUUCUUUUUUUUAGCUUAUUCUAUAUUGUUUUGUCCAUUUCAAGACUUAUUUCUUGACCUUUGAACUUGUUCUUUGUAGUAAUCAAAUUAUUAUGUUCACUAUUACUGUCAAAUGAUCCCAUCCUCUUGAGCGCAUGAAGAAUACCUUUUCAAAUUAAGUGAAUAAAUGAUUAAUGCACACAAAGUUAUUGCUUUGACAUCACGUUGUCCUCUGCAUCUAAGUAUUUGUAUUCAGUCCCCGACAGAAACCUGUCUCAAUAAAAUCCAGUGCAAUAAAUGGUUAAUUUAUAAAAAGUGUUCACAAGUGUUUACAAGAAAUAUCAAGAAUAAAGCUGUGGAGAAAUUUAAAGCAGGGCUAAGUUAUGAAACAAUAUCCUGAGCUUUGCACAUCUCACUGGUUUAAAUCCAUCAUACGUUUGACUGAUAAAGCAAGAUUUUUUUUCAUUACUCUAUAAAACCCAAUAAUGACAAUAAUAAUAAAAAAUAAAACACG